GUUUCUCGAGAAAGAGAAAAAAUGGCAGCGAUGCUAGACAAGCAAGGUCGUCAAGGUGAAUCGAUAGAGAAACAGAUAAUCAAGUAUGAAGCUGACAUCAAGCAGCUUACUAUGGAAAGGGAUCAACUAGUGAUGCAGUUGGAGAAAUCCCAAGACAUGCUCAUGAACUUCCAACAGGAACUCAACCAUAGUGAAGCAGAACUAGAGAAACAAAAAGCGGAAGUUGCCAGACUGAAAGCAGAACAGAAGAAAAUGACCCAUGACAUGGAACGAGGCACGAAGGACGUACUCGAGAACCGCGAUAAAGAAAUUGCCAAGCUCCAGCAACAGCUUCAGGCAGUCCAGAAAGAACGAGAAACCCACCGGCAGAGAGCCGACAAAGCCGAAAAACUCCUCCACGAAUCUGGGGCGAGAGGAGAUUCCGAACUGGAACAGUGGAGGAAAGUCGUCCAACAGGAAACGGACCGAGCUGACCUGGCUGAAAAAACUGCCCAAGACCUGCAGAAGCGCAUACAGGUCAUGGAGAAGCAAUUGCAGCAGCAAUUGCAGCAAAUGGCCCAGUACCAGAAGGAGAGGGGAAUACAGCCGCCUCCGCAGGAUGAGAAGGAGAUGGCGAGGUUGAGAAGGGAGCUGGAGAAGUCCCAGGCUGAGGUGAAGAGUUUCUUCACGGAGAAAGAGAGGCUGCAGGCACAGCUUGAGAUGUUGGUACAAGAACUUGAAAGAAAUCAGUUGGAACUACAUGAAGCACAGAAGAAGGCUGCAGCUCCAGUGAUCGCUCAAAAACCCGGAGAAGAUCUAACUGCGCAAAGAAGACAAAUCGAAGAAGAGAGGAAGAUGGUAGAAGAAGUGAAAAAACAGUUGGAAGACCACAGAAGGGCCGUAGAGAAUAAAAGUAGACAAGUUGAAGAGAAAGAACGAGCACUAGCAGAUGUAGAUAAACAAUUACAAAAACAGAAGCAACAACUGGACCAAUUACAAAACUCAUUACAAAGAGCUGGAGGAAACGCGGCUGCCAUGACCGAAUUGAACAAAAAGUUGGCGGACGCUGAAAAGAAGAUGGAACAAGCACAGGAGGAAGCAAAACGGUCUGCAACAGAAAUGGAGAGAUUACUACAACUGGUUCAGAUGAGUCAAGAAGAACAGAAUGCUAAAGAAAAGCAGAUCUCAGAUUUGCAACAAGCUCUCAAAAAUGCACAGACGAAACUGAAGAGUCAACAACAGCAACAAGCACAAAAAGAAGAGGAAAAUCAGAACGGUAUCAGUUCUGAAGAAGAGACAGUUGACAAAUCUAAAGACAGCGUUGAGGAACUACAACGCACUCUUUCGUCUUUCGAGGAAGCUCUAAGAGAGAGCAAACGAGAAAAAGAAAUACUCGAAACGACGUUGGAAGGGAAGAAUGAUGUCAUCACUGAGUACGAGAGAAAGUUGGAGAACAUCGAAGCUGAAGUCAAGAAGAAAGCCGCUGUUAUAUCGAGGCUGGAGGAGGAAAUAAGGAAUUUGAAAAAUAAUAAUGACCUGGAGAGGAUUGUUGAAUCCACCGCGGAGGAGAGAGAUAAUAGAAUAAGUGAACUGGAAGAUGCUCUUAGAGAGAGUAUCAAAUUGUCUACAGAGAGAGAGGCGGUUCUUCACGACGAGGAGGUGAAGAGGCAGCAGAUAAUGCAGAAGGUUGGCAAGUUGGAGCAACGAUUACUUUCGUUACAGUCAGCUCAAGCCAUGCGUUGUCACUCUUGCAAGCCGUAUGUGAAGAGAAUGACGAUGUUAGAGUCGAAGCUAACCAAAAUGGUCGGAGAAAGAAGAAGGAACUUACAGGAGCUAACUCAUAUGAAACGUGAAGCUCUAGAAGCAGCAAUCAGUGAAAAAGACGCCCAUCUUGCUCUAUUGGAAAUAUCAGGAAUGAGAAGUGCUCAUCAAGCGGAGGAAGCUGAUCGGUUGCGGAAAGAUAAAAGGCGAUUGGUAGAAAAACUCAGAAAAGAGGUAAGGUAUUCCGUAGUUUUAUGA